AUGUCGGCCAGAACUUACAAGCAGCCCUCGCAAGAGGAAGUCGAGAAACGCAGACUUGUGGGCAUUAAUCCCGAGACCGUCUCGAAUGUCGUAUCUACCGAUUUUCCUGGUCACUACCCUGGCGAGGACCACUCGUGGAACAUCGAUUCGUUCAAACAGAAUCUCAAUGUGAACUUUCACAAGAAUGACCAGUACGACUCGGUCUUCUCCCUCGUCGGCAUCGAUGCCUCAGUCGCAAACGCAUACCGCCGUAUUAUGCUGUCCGAGAUCCCUACCCUGGCCAUAGAAGACGUCUUUGUCUACGACAACACCUCCAUCAUCCAGGACGAGGUCCUCUGUCACCGUCUCGGUCUGAUCCCCUUCACUGGUUCUCGCGAAGGUCUCCGCUGGAUGCAAUGGUUCAAGAAGGGCCCUCCCAAGGAUGAUCCCGCUCAGCAGCACAUCUUCCAGCAGUCUGGCGAAACUAUCGACCCUAGCGCUUCCGUUCCUCGCGACAACAACACCAUCGUCCUCGAGCUCAAUGUUACCUGCGAAUGGCGUCAAGAAGGCAAAGAACUUGCAAGACAAGGAGAACGCGAUCCCAACAAGCUCUACAUCAACAGCUCCGUCUACGCCCACCAGUUCCAAUUCCACCCUCAGGGCAACCAGUCCGAAUACUUCAGCGGCCCCGACGCCAUCCGCCCCGUCAACCCCGACAUCCUGAUCGCAAAGCUGAGACCUGGUCAGACUAUCCACCUGCAAUGCCACUGCAUCAAGGGUAUUGGAGCAGACCACGCCAAGUUCUCUCCCGUAGCCACCGCUUCAUACCGCCUCCUGCCAUCUAUCACCAUCAAGGAGCCCAUCCUUGGCGCAGACGCAAAGAAGUUCGCCCGCUGCUUCCCUCGCGGCGUCAUCGCACUGGAGGACGAUCAGGCUUCAGGUGAAAAGAAGGCUGUUGUCGCAAACCCCAUGAAGGACACUGUCUCGCGAGAGUGCCUACGUCACGACGAGUUCAAGGAUAAGGUAGUACUCGGCCGCAUCCGCGAUCACUUCAUCUUCAGUGUCGAGAGCACCGGUCAAAUCGAUAGUGACGAAGUCUUCUUGGAAUCCGUCCGCACGCUCAAGGCCAAGUGUGAACGCUUCAAGAGAAACCUGAACGACUUGAUGAGAUAGACUUGAGCGCUGGUUUCGAGCAAAGAGGCGUUUUUCAUGGAUCUGUAAAAAGAAUGGGUUGGGUUUUGUCUAUUUUGCCGGAUUUUUGCGCGCGCAUAGCAUUGGCGUUUUCAUUCUGGGUGAUGUAUAUUCACGCUGGUACAAAAUAUCCUUGGGUUCGGAAGAAAGUUUAGAAUCAUGUCUUCAAUAAUCAUAUUGAUUUAUUGCUCACUAUGU